GAUUCUACAUGCAUGAGAUCAAGCCAAAUAAUCUAAGGACCAAGCCUGACCAGAAACACAUGCAAUAGUCUUCCACUGUCCUUUUCAUCCUUGCCGUGACAGAGUACCCCUGCAAAAGCUUCCACCAGUGGUCUUCUCAAAAAAGGUUACAGGUACUAUUUCCUGAAAGAGCAGACCACAGUGUCAGCAGAGCCUCAGGCUGCCUGCAGUGCCCUACCAUCACCUGGCUGGCCCACACAAGGUGAGAAUAACCAGAACUCACCCGGAAACAUGGCUGUGAGCCUUCGGCCCCUGUUGCUGCUGCUGUCCUGUGCAGUGACUCUGGCCCCUAAUGGAUCUCAGUCUCUGGACCGUGGUCUCUCCUUCCUGAAGUCAUUGCUCUCCACUCUGGACCAGGCUCCCCAGGACUCCCUCAGCCACUCCAGGAUCUCUGCAUUCCUGGCCAAUAUUUCUUCUUCCUUUGAGCUUGGGAGAAUGGGAGAGGGUCCUGUAGGGGAGCCUCCACCUCUCCAGCCCCCUGCACUUCGGCUCCAUGAUUUCCUAGUGAUGCUGAGAGGCAGUCCGGACUGGGAGCCGAUGCUUGGGCUGCUGGGGGACGUGCUGGCACUGCUGGGACAGGAGCAGACUCCCCGAGAUUUCCUGGUGCACCAGGCAGGUGUGCUGGGUGGACUGGUAGAGGUGCUGCUGGGAACCUUAGUUCCUGGGGGGCCCCCUGCCCCAACACGUCCCCCAUGCACCCGUGACGGGCCCCCCGAUUGUGUCCUGGCUGCUGACUGGUUGCCUUCUCUAUUGCUAUUGUUAGAAGGCACACGCUGGCAGGCCCUGGUGCAGGUGCAACCUAGUGUGGAACCCACCAAUGCCACGGGUCUCGACGGGAGAGAGCCAGCCCCUCACCUUUUGCAGGGUCUGUUGGGUUUGCUUACCCCAGCAGGGGAGCUAGGCUCCGAGGAGGCUCUUUGGGGCGGUCUGCUGCGCACAGUGGGGGCACCCCUCUAUGCUGCUUUCCAGGAAGGGCUGCUCCGUGUCACUCACUCCCUGCAGGAUGAGGUCUUUUCCAUUCUGGGGCAGCCAGAGCCAGAUGCAAAUGGGCAGUGCCAGGGAGGUAACCUUCAACAGCUGCUCUUAUGGGGUGUCCGGCACAACAUUUCCUGGGAUGUCCAGGCACUGGGCUUUCUCUCUGGAUCGCCUCCUCCGCCCCCUGCCCUGCUCCACUGCCUGAGUGCCGGUGUGCCUCUGCCCAGGGCGUCCCAGCCCUCAGCCCACAUCAGACCUCGCCAGCGGAGAGCCAUCUCUGUGGAGGCCCUCUGCGAGAACCACUCCGGCCCAGCACCACCCUACAGCAUUUCCAACUUCUCCAUCCACUUGCUCUGCCAGCACGCCAAGCCUGCCACCCCACAGCCCCCUCCCAGCACCGCUGCCACCUGCCAGACAGCUGUGUGGUAUGCAGUCUCGUGGGCCCCAGGGGCCCAAAGCUGGCUACAGGCCUGCCACGACCAGUUUCCCAAUCAGUUUCUAGAUGUGAUCUGUGGCAACCUCUCCUUUUCAGUCCUGUCUGGCCCCAACCGCCGCCUGGUAAAGCGGCUCUGUGCUGGCCUGCUCCCACCCCCCACCAGCUGCCCUGAAGGCCUGCCCCCUGUUCCCGUUACCCCAGAGAUGUUCUGGGGUUGCUUCUUAGAGAACGAGACUCUGUGGGCUGAGCGACUGUGUCGGGAGGCAAGUCUGCAGGCCGUGCCCCCCAGCAACCAGGCUUGGAUACAGCAUGUGUGCCAUGGCCCCACCACAGAUGCUACUGCUUCCCCGCCCUGCCACAUCGGACCCUGUGGGGAGCGCUGUCCAGAUGGAGGUGGCUUCCUGGUGAUGGUCUGUGCCAAUGACACCAUGUAUGAGGCCCUGGUGCCCUUCUGGCCUUGGCUAGCAGGCCAGUGCAGGAUAAGCCGUGGGGGCAAUGACACUUGCUUCCUAGAAGGGCUGCUGGGCCCCCUUCUGCCCUCUCUGCCACCACUGGGACCAUCUCCACUCUGCCUGACCCCUGCUCCUUUCCUGCUUGGCAUGCUGUCCCAGUUGCCACGCUGUCAGUCCUCUGUGCCAGCCCUUGCCCACCCUACACGCCUGCACUAUCUCCUGCGCCUGCUGACCUUCCUCUUGGGUCCAGGGGCCGGAGGGGCUGAGGCCCAGGGGACGUUGGGUCGUGCCCUGCUUCUUUCCAGUCUCCCAGACAACUGCUCCUUCUGGGAUGCCUUCCGCCCAGAGGGCCGGCGCAGUGUGCUGCGGACAGUCGGGGAGUACUUGGAACAGGAGGAGCAGCCGACUCUGCCAGACUUUGAACCUACCGUCAGCCACAGCUCUGGAAUAGGCAAGAUGGAGCUGCUGUCCUGCUUCAGCCCCGUGCUGUGGGAUCUGCUCCAGAGGGAGAAGAGUGUCUGGGCCCUGCAGAUUCUAGUGCAGGCAUAUCUGCACAUGCCCCCGGAAAAUCUCCAGCAACUUGUGCUUUCCGCAGAGACAGAAGCUGCCCAGGGCUUCCUGACACUCAUGCACCGUUCCUGGGCCCAGCUGCAGGUACCACCAUCGGAGGAGCAGGCCCUGGGUCGCCUGACAGCCCUGCUGCUCCAGCGGUACCCACGCCUGACCUCCCAGCUCUUCAUUGACCUGUCACCACUCAUCCCCUUCUUGGCUGUCUCUGACCUGAUGCGCUUCCCACCAUCCCUGUUGGCCAAUGACAGUGUCCUGGCUGCCAUCCGGGAUUACAGCCCAGAAAUGAGGCCUGAGCAGAAGGAGGCUUUGGCAAAGCGACUGUUGGCCCCUGAGUUGUUUGGGGAAGUGCCUGCCUGGCCCCAGGAGCUGUUGUGGGCAGCCCUGCCCCUUCUCCCCCACCUCCCUCUGGAGAACUUUCUGCAGCUCAGCCCUCACCAGAUCCAGGCCCUGGAGGACAGCUGGCCAGCAGCAGGUCUCGGGCCAGGGCAUGCUCGACACGUGCUGCGCAGCCUGGUGAACCAGAGUGUUGAGGAUGGCGAGGAGCAGGUGCGCAGGCUUGGGUCCCUUGCUUGUUUUCUGAGCCCUGAAGAGUUGCAGAGCCUGGUGCCCUUGAAUGAUCCAAUGGGGCCAGUAGAACGGGGGCUGCUGGAAUGUGCGGCUAAUGGGACCCUCAGCCCAGAAGGACGGGUGGCGUACGAACUUCUGGGGGUGUUGCGCUCAUCUGGCGGAGCCGUGCUAAGCCCCCGAGAGCUGCGAGCCUGGGCUCCUCUCUUCCCUCAGCUGGGCCUCCGCUUCCUGCAGGCGCUCUCAGAGCCCCAGCUUCGAGCCAUGCUUCCUGCCCUGCAGAGAACCAGUGUCACCCCUGCCCAGGCUGUCCUAUUGCUUGGCCGGCUCCUCCCUAGGCACGAUCUGUCCCUGGAGGAACUCUGCUCCUUGCACUCUCUGCUGCCAGGCCUCAGUCCCCAGACACUCCAGGCCAUCCCCAGACGAGUUCUGGUUGGCGCCUGUUCCUGCCUGGCCCCGGAACUGUCGCGUCUCUCAGCCUGCCAGACUGCAGCACUGCUUCAGACCUUCCGGGUGAAAGAUGGCGUUAAAAACGCGGGUACAACAGGUGCUGGUGCAGGUGCAGCCGUGUGUGUCCCUGGUCAGCAGCCCAUCCCCACCACCUGGCCAGACUGCCUGCUUCCUCUGCUCCCAUUAAAACUGCUACAGCUGGACUCUGCAGCUCUUCUGGCAAACCGAAGGCGCUACCGGGAGCUGCCCUGGGCCGAGCAGCAGGCCCAGUUUCUCUGGAAGAAGAUGCAAGUGCCCACCAACCUGACCCUUAGAAGUCUGCAGGCUCUGGGAAACCUGGCAGGGGGCAUGUCCUGUGAGUUUCUGCAGCAGAUCAACUCCAUGGCAGACUUCCUGGAAGUGGUACACAUGCUCUAUCAACUAUCUACUGGGGUUCGAGGGAGCCUGAGGGCCUGUAUCUGGACAGACCUGCAGCGCAGAAUGACAAUGCCAGAGCCAGAGUUGACAACCCUGGGGCCAGAACUGAGUGGACUGGACACCAGAUUACUUCUGGACUCACCGAUCCAGCUGCUGGAUAGACUCUCCAAUGAAUCCAUUAUGCUGAUGGUGGAGCUGGUACAAGGAGCUCCAGACCAACUGCUGGCACUGACCCCACCCCACCAGGCAGCCCUGGCAGAGAAAGCACUACAAAACCUGGCUCCAAAGGAGACCCCAGUCUCAGGGGAAGUACUGGAGACAUUGGGCCCCUUGGUCGGAUUCCUGGGGACAGAGAGCACACGACGGAUCCCCCUACCAAUCCUGCUGUCCCGGCUCAGUCAGCUGCAGGGCUUCUGCUUAGGAGAGACGUUUGCCACAGAGCUGGGAUGGCUGUUGUUGCAGGAGCCUGUUCUUGGGAAACCAGAAUUGUGGAGCCAGGAUGAAGUAGAGCAAGCUGGACGUCUAGUAUUCACCUUGUCUACUGAGGCUAUUUCAUUGAUCCCCAGGGAGGCAUUGGGCCCAGAGACUUUGGAGCGACUUCUAGAAAAGCAACAGAGCUGGGAGCAGAGCAGAGUUGGACAGCUGUGUGGAAGUCCACACCUUGCUCCCAAGAAAGCAGCCCUGGUAGCUGGGAUUGUACGGCCAGCUGCUGAGGAUCUCCCAGAACCUGUGCCAAAUUGUGCAGAUGUGCGGGGGACCUUCCCAGCUGCCUGGUCUGCAACCCAGAUUGAAGAGAUGGAGCUCUCAGACUUCGAGGACUGCCUGGCACUAUUUGCAGGAGACCCAGGACUUGGGCCUGAGGAACUACGGGCAGCCAUGGGCAAGGCAAAGCAGUUGUGGGGUCCUCCCCGGGGAUUCCGCCCUGAGCAGAUCCUGCAGCUGAGUAGGCUCUUAAUAGGUCUAGGAGAGCGGGAACUGCAGGAGCUCAACCUGGUGGACUGGGGAGUGCUGAGCACCCUGGGGCAGAUAGAUGGCUGGAGCUCCAUCCAGCUCCGGGUUGUGGUCUCCAGUUUCCUACGGCAGAGUGGUCGGCAUGUAAGCCAUCUGGACUUCAUUCACCUGACAGCGCUCGGUUACACACUCUGUGGACUUCGGCCAGAAGAGCUACAGCACAUCAGCAGCUGGGAAUUUAGCCAAGCAGCUCUCUUCCUGGGCAACCUGCGUCUCCAGUGCUCAGAGGAACAAUUGGAGGUUCUGGCCCACCUCCUGGUGCUGCCCGGUGGCUUUGGCCCAGUCAGUAACUGGGGCCCUGAGAUCUUCACUGAAAUUGGCACAAUAGCAGCUGGGAUCCCAGAUCUGGCGCUCUCAGCACUGCUUCGAGGACAGAUCCAGGGCCUUACUCCUCUUGCCAUUUCUGUCAUCCCUCCUCCGAAAUUUGCUGUGGUGUUCAGCCCCACUCAGCUGUCUAGUCUCACCAAUGUUCAGGCUACGGCUGUCACUCCUGAGCAAAUGGCCCUUCUGAGUCCUGAGCAGCGACAAGCAGUUAUAUGGGCCCAAUAUGAGGGAAAGGAGAUCCCAGAACAGCAGGGUCGAAACACAGCCAGGGGCCUCCAGGACUGGUUACAAGCCUCCUGGGCCCUGUCAUUGACCAUCAGCUUCCUUGGCCACCUACUCUGAGCCUGUGUCUACAGCCUGGGGAGAUUGUUGGGAGGGAAACCUCAUGUCAUAAUGAAUAAAGUACAAAUGGAAGUGAAUCCUAAUCAUUCUCAGGAAGCUGAUGAGGAAUAUGGGUAAAAUGUUAAUGCUUUCCACCCACCUAAGAAUCAGUAUUCCUGGCAUGCCAUAUCUUGAGUCUCCUUAAGUCACAAAUAAUCCCACUGUUUCUUCUUUUCUUGGAGGCUGCCUACUCCUUUCCCCACCAAUAGAAACAACACAGACAGCUGGAACA